ACGGGGUCUCCCCACGCCUCGCGCCAGGCGCUUCCUUUCUCGGCCGACAUCUUGCGAGAGCAGCUGCCGCCGCGCUAUGCCGCCCAAAGACGACAAGAAGAAGAAGGAUGCAGGCAAGUCCGCCAAAAAGGACAAGGAUCCGGUGAACAAAUCUGGUGGAAAGGCCAAGAAGAAGAAGUGGUCCAAAGGCAAAGUCAGAGACAAGUUGAACAAUCUUGUCCUGUUUGACAAGGCCACCUAUGACAAACUGUGCAAAGAAGUGCCCAACUAUAAGCUCAUCACACCUGCAGUUGUCUCAGAGAGACUGAAGAUUAGGGGUUCCCUGGCUAGGGCAGCCCUCCAGGAGCUGCUCAGCAAAGGGUUGAUCAAGCUGGUGUCCAAGCACCGAGCCCAAGUGAUCUACACCAGGAACACGAAAGGUGGCGACGCGCCCGCGGCCGGGGAGGACGCCUAGGCAGGUGAGGCUCGGAUGGGCUUGCU